AUGGCUUGGAGCAAUCAGUCAGUGGUGACUGAAUUCAUACUCCAGGGUCUGUCCAGUUCUUGGGAACUCCAAAUCUUCUAUUUCCUGUUUUUCUCCGUAGUCUACAUAGCCACUGUGCUGGGGAACCUCCUGAUUGUGUGCACUGUGGUGUCCGAGCCUCGCCUGCACUCACCUAUGUACUUCCUGCUGGGUAACCUCUCCUUCAUAGACAUGUCACUGGCCUCCUUUGCCACCCCCAAAAUGAUCGCAGACUUCCUCAGUGAGUACAAAGCCAUUUCGUUUGAAGGCUGCAUCACACAGAUAUUCUUUCUGCAUCUCUUAGGAGGUGCUGAAAUUGUCUUGCUGAUCUCCAUGUCCUUCGAUAGGUAUGUUGCCAUAUGUAAGCCUCUGCGUUACUUAACCAUCAUGAGUCGGAGGAUGUGUAUUGGACUCGUGACCCUUUCCUGGAUCGUCGGUGUCUUCCACGCCCUGAGUCAAUUAGCAUUUACUGUAAAUCUGCCCUUCUGUGGACCCAAUGAAGUGGACAGCUUCUUUUGUGACCUCCCGUUGGUGAUUAAACUCGCCUGUGUCGACACCUACAUCCUGGGGGUGUUCAUGAUCUCAACCAGUGGCCUGAUUGCCCUGGUGUGCUUCAUCCUCUUGGUCAUCUCCUACACGGUCAUCCUGGUCACUGUGCGGCAGCGCUCGUCCGGGGGCUCCUCCAAAGCGCUCUCCACCUGCAGUGCGCACUUCACCGUCGUGACCCUUUUCUUCGGCCCGUGCAUUUUCAUCUACGUGUGGCCUUUCACAAAUUUCCCAAUAGACAAAGUGCUUUCGGUAUUUUAUACCAUUUUCACGCCCCUCCUGAAUCCAGUGAUCUAUACUCUUCGAAAUAAAGACGUCAAGGAUUCCAUGAAGAAACUGGGUGGCCGUGUCUUGAAGUCUAGCAAGACUGGGCACAAGCCUUAA